AUGAUCUUAUUAAACUAUGCUUGUUGAGUAUAUGGAUGAAUGACUUCAACAAAAUGCAGAUAUUAUUUUUUUAAUUAGACGGUGUGGAGUAUCUCAAUUAACUAAUUCUACUCUUUAAUUAAAAUUGUUAUGAGUUAGUCAUAUUUAAAAUUUUGAAUCUACAUAAUAUCAAAUUAGAAUGAAAUACGAAAUAUGUAUUCAUCCGAUUCCUUUAGUUUAAAAAGUUUUUUUUUUUUUUUCUUUUUUUUUUUUUUGGGUACAAUUACGUUGAAAUUAAUUAAGAACAUACAAUUGAAGUCAAUAUUUAAGGAAAAAAAAAAUAUACAAGUAGCUAAUAAGAUCUUGUAAUUUCUUUUUAAUGUUAUGUAUAAAUAAAGAGUACAAAAGAUACAAUAAAUCAAUCUUUUAGCAUUGGAAUAAAAUUACACUCAUACAAUGUGUUUUCUCAUUCUCAAGUUACAUUGCUUUAGCCUUUACUCAUACGAGUACUUACUUUAUGAUGUUUUAGCUUUAGGCCCUUGAUAGUUAUAGAGGUAUUCGAUUUAAAAGUAAGUUGCUUCUAUCCCUCUUAGUAGCUUUUAAAUGUUUAAAUCUAUAUGGCUAACUCUUGUAUGGUAAUUUUUCUAAAACAAUAUGUAUCAAUAUUACAUACGGAGUAUCAAGUAUUGUCACUAUAUGACGUGUAAAUGAACAAUGAACAGUAUACAUAAUUACACCAUAUAACACAUUCUUACAUGCCAUUAUUCAUAGAAGUACGGAGUAUACCAUCAUCCUCAAAUAAUUUUGGAAAUAGUUUGAAAAUUACCAUUAAUAGUAGUAGUACACCCACAUGAUCAUAGGAUUACUUUUUUUUUAACAAGAGAUGAUCAUAGAAUUACCUCUUAUACUAUUUCCCUUCCAAAAAUAGUUGAAACCCAAAUAGAUGGUUACAAAAACUCACACGCACGUGACACACCCAUUGGGCAUUGGCCUAAAGACCAUUCCCCUCUUCCCUACCUCCAUACCCCAAAUCACACGUGCAUGUCACGUGACCGGUUACAAAAUAGAGAUAAUAAUGACAAAAUAACACAGUACACGCACGAUUACUUUCUCUCUAAGGACACUUUCUCUCUCUACUUUUUUCUGCUCCACUCCUGCAAUACAGAACUUACAUACACACCCCCUUCACUUCACUUCACUUCACCCCUUUCCUCAACUCCUUCACCAUUUUCUCUCUCUCUCUCUAAAAUACUUUCUCUCUCUUGUCCAAUCAAAUGUUUUCAUCAUCAUCACCACCAUCAAAUGACUCUACAUUAUUUUCCCCUUCUUCAUCAUCUUCUUCAUCCCCUUCAUCUCAUCUUAAAACCAACAAUCAAAAUUCUGAAUCAACAACAAAAAUAACUCAAACCCAGAAAACAAUGGAGGAAAUUUGGAAAGAUAUCACCACUAAUUCAAUCCCAAACACCCCAAUUUCUCACAUUCACUCAAUUCAUCACAAUUCAACAACUAACACUACUUCCCAUUACAAGGGUUUCAUCUUACAGGAUUUCCUCAAUGGUGGUAAUGGGCCCACUAAUCUUCGAAAUUCCUCCGUCAAUUCGCCGCCUCUUCCUCCUCGAACCACCACAACUGAGUUUCAAUUCCUCGAUAACGAGUUUCAAUUACAGGGGAAUCCCUCUGUUCCUAGUAUGAUUGCUGGUGUUGCUUCUUUUGGUAAUCUUGCUUCUUCCUCUGUUCUGACCUUCGCAACCGCUGUCAAUGGCAGUUGCGGAGGUGGUUUCGAUAACAAGAAGGUGACUGGUAAUGUCGAGGAUGGUUCAGUUGAUCGUAUACGCAGGCAUAAGCGGAUGAUUAAGAACAGAGAAUCUGCUGCUCGUUCUAGGGCUCGAAAGCAGGCGUAUAUAACAGAGUUGGAGUUGGAAAUUGAUAAUUUCAAAAGAGAGAACGCGGCACUGAGGAAACAAGGACAGUUAAUUGAAGCUCCGUCUGCUCAGCUUCCGAAAAAGCACGGUCUUCGUCGAACAUCAACAGCUCCAUUUUAAGAUGCAUAUUUUAUUUUGACAAAAAAAAAAAAAAAAAAAAAA